AAAAAAUCUGCAAUAUAAAAAAUGAAAUUGAGCGUUAUCGUAUUGGUCUGCUGUGCCUUGAUUGGUCAGAUCGAGUCACAGGGUACUGGUAACAGGCCUAGUUUCAUUCAAACCAUUUUCGCACCUAUCGGACAAUUCUUGAGCAUCUUCAGAAGACCCAGCCGACCAGGUGUCCAGGCAGAGGCUUCCAUUCAACAAUCAGGUGGACAAGUCGAAGCUUCAUCUUCUGUUUUCACCGAUCCUCAGCUGUUGCAGGAAUCUUUGAAUAGCAUCCAACAAAUCCAGGCUGAACCUGUCCUCCAGACACAAUUCGUCACUGAAGUGAUGACAGUGUUCUCCACCAUUCCGAGCCUGGAACGAGUCACGAGUAUCGAAACUGUCGUCGAAAUGACGACUGAAACUGUUUUCGAAACGGUCAAAAUGACUCAAUUCAAAACUGAACAUGUCACCAUGACCCACACAACAGGAGUUUGCUCCACGACGACGACGACGACUCCAUCGUCAAAAGCUGCUUCAUCUUCUUCCAGCAGUAAAGUGGUGGACAAAUCGGUCGUCACUCCAUCUGCAGUGUCAACUUCGGCUGCUGUACAACCUACCAAGAAAGCUCGUUUGGCACCCUACGUCGUCAAACGGGCCGUCGAAAUUGAGGCAUCAUCACUCUAAAAAAAAGAAAACUGUUAUUUUUGAGCGGGAAGAAAUUCCAAUUUCAAAAAAUUGUUAUUAAUAUUAUUAUUAUUGUUUACUAUUGCAAGUCGGUAUAUAUAUUUAAAUAUGGAAGAUUAUACACGUACCCACCACA